GGAUAUGUAGUAUCAUUAAAAAUAAUGUUUUCGACAGUAUUUUUUAUUUUAUGUUGUGUGAUAUCAGACGCUUCAGUACACAGGCUAAAUAUUCCACGAGUUCUAUUACCAGUAUUUAAUGAUUUUGCUGUAAAUUUUACACUUGAAGUUACGGAUGGUGCUUGUUAUCAAUGGUCAACAUCACGAUUAGAUAUUAUUCAACUAAUUCCUAUUAAUGAAAAUGUUGAAAGAACUUGUUCUUCUGCUAUAUUAAUUCAAACAAUUACAAGAGAAUCUACUAGAAAUACUGCAAUAGUCUUAGCAGAAGAUGUUAAUAAUGGACAAUUUUUAAGAUGUGAUGUUAUAGUUGAUGCGAUUUUUUCUUUAAAUCUCGUAACAACUACAAGAGAAUUAUAUAUAGAAGAAGCACCAGAAGCAUUUGAAGUACGAGCAUAUGAUGAACAAGGAAAUGAAUUUACAACUCUUGCUGGAGUAGAAUUUCUUUGGAGUAUAGAUAAUGCUGAUAAGUAUACAUCAAAUACUAAGGUACCAAAUGAUGUUUUGAGAUUUAUGACCUAUGAAGAAUCACAAUAUGAAACUCCAUCAACAGUUGCUGCAUUAGAUACAAUUGGUAAAAAGGGGCAUAUUGUACUACUAGAAGGAGUAAAAACUGGUACAGCAAAGGUUUCUGUAAAAUUACCUUAUCCAGAGUAUAAACAUGUUCCACCAAUAGAAGUUGAAUUAAUUGUAAUAGCCAAUUUAAUUAUCAUUCCAUCAGAUAUAACAGUUAUGGUAUAUGACAGCUUUAAGUUUAAAAUAAUGCAAGCUCAGCAAGGUCGUUUAGAAGAAAUAAAUUUACCAUUUAGCCAAUAUUAUCUAGAAGCAGAAAAUCCUAACAUAUUACAAAUUGAUGACGAUCGUGAUUUUGCAUAUGCUAAAUCUUUAGGACGUACCAAAGUAUUUUUACAUGACAAAAAUGUUCGCGACGAAUAUCCUGUUAUUUUACCAUCUGCUACAGUUAAUGUGAAUGAUGUAGCAUAUGUAGCUAUCGCCGUUUUACCUAAUAGAAAUUGGGGUUUAAUACUUGGUCAUACUCACGAAAUUGUAGUUGAAUUAUAUGAUAACAAAGCUCAUAGAUUCCACAUUGGAGAAGGUGUUGAAGUAUCAGUAAAAUUAGAUGAACACUAUUUUGAACCAAAAUUGAUAACUCAAAAUGGCACAUAUAUUGUUGGCACACCUGUUACAUGUGGAACAAUGACUAUUGAAGCUACUCUUUAUGGCAUUAUUGAUAAGCAUGGUAAAAAGGUCUCUCUUACUUCACAUCCUACUACAAAAGCUGAACUUUUGAUUCAUACUCCAGUUACUAUACAACCUAAAGUACUAGCUAUUCCAUGGGAUUUUAAAGCUAAAUCAAGGUAUGAUUUAGUGUUGAAAGCGAAUGGAGGUGAUGGAUCAUAUGUAUGGUCAAGCAAACAUCCCUCCAUAGCAACAGUUUCUCAGAAUGGAGGAAUGAGGAUUUUAGCAACAGGAGCAACAGAAAUAAAUGUUGCUAUGACCAGAAAUCAAUAUAAUAGAGAUACAGCAAAGGUGUAUGUAUUACCCCCUUCCAAAUUAAAAGUAAUUGAAUACAGUAUGGAAGCUGCUAAAGGGGAACUGAUAUAUCUUCAUAUUGCAUUAUAUGGAAAAUUAAUUAAUGGAACAGAUUCCAAAGAAAUUCCUUUUAACGACUGUAGAGACAUUAAUUUCGAAAUGUACAUUCCAGAUGGUAAUUUUAUACAAAAUGAUAGUAAAAUCGUAGAACCUGUAGGAAUUGCAUGUGCUGUUAUAGCAGUUACUAAUAUAGAUAUUGGAACAUCUGAAAUAACAGUAGUAUAUAAUGCUAAUGGUCAGUAUUUAACUGAUAACAUUACUGUAUCUGCCUAUGAACCUCUGAUAGCAGUACAUCCCAGUAAUAAAGAAAGUUUAUUAACUGUGGGUUCAUCAAGGAAAAUAGUUUUUAAAGGUGGGCCCCUUCCAUGGUCUAAUAAGCCUCAAAGUUAUUCACGAAAAAUCCAGGCAUCUGAAAAAAAGAUUGUUGAAAUAAUAGAACAUGCAGAUUCACCAGCUGGAUUAUAUGAAUUAUCAGUUUUUGAAGUAAUGUGCCGUGCCCUUGGAGAGGUGGAUGUCACAUAUAUCAUUUCAAAUAUCCCUUUACUACCAAAUUGUAAGAGUACAUAUGCAUCUGAAACUGUAAAAAUUAUUUGUGGUAAACCCAGACAUAUUUAUCUCCAACCUGAAUUCAAAGAUAGUAAGAAUUGUCCUAUUAACCUCAAUACAGAACGAAUUAUGGCUCAUAGCGAUAAGAAUUUAAAGCUUAUUACGAUAGUAAAAGACGAAGAACAUAGAACAUUCGAUAAUAUUACAAGUUUACACAUUGAUUGGAAUUUAAAACCCACAAGUAUAGGUUUUGUAGAAAUGUCUUCUGGUUGUAUAGAAGAAACAGUUACGGAUAUGAAUGUAAUUUUACCAAAAAAUUACUAUCAAAAUAUCAUUUUUAAAAAACAUUCUGGUGCUCUUACAUUAACAGCUACAGUUACAGGUUAUCAAAAAUAUAUAUUAAGUAAAUUAAAAAUAAUACCAGAAUGGCCACCUUUUGCAAUUGAAACUGAAAGAAAAAUUUAUGAAACUCCUCUUAUAGAAGCAUCAAUAGAAAUAGUCUUAGUCAAUGAUACAAGUAUUACUCCUGAUAAAUUAAUGGUAUUAAAUGAUCCCACUGCAAAAUAUUAUUUACAAGUGAGUCAGGGUUCUGGAUAUUAUGAAUUUGUAUUGAAUGCUGAUGAUAUUGCAGAUGUUCGUUAUAUAGAAUCAACAAAAGCAAUUAGUUUUAUACCAAAAAAGUCAGGUGUACUUCAUUUAUCUUUAGUAGAUCUCUGCUUGCUUUCAAAACCAGCUGAAGCUAUAAUUGAAAUACAACAACUUGCUGUAAUAGAAAUAGAAACAGUGAAUAAAAUUGAAAAGGGAAAAUGUAUAGUAGCUACAUUGAAACUUUAUGAUACAAAUGGUCAUAUUAUAAAAUUACCAUCUUUAAAUGCUUUAGAAUUUAAAGCAGAAAUCGAUAAUGGAUGUAUAGAAGUUAAACAAUUACCUGCUAGUGAACAUGGUAAUCCUCCUUAUAAUCAAUUAUUUUAUAUGAUAUAUGGAAUGGCAGAAGGAGAAUCACAAUUAACUUUUAUCAAUAAAGGAGGUGAAAGAGAGAUACAGAGUGAAUCAGCAACUAUCCAAAUUUUUCUUCCUUUAAAGAUUUCACCAAAAAAUUUAACAAUACUAGUAGGAACACUUUAUCAAGUACAAACAACAGGAGGUCCAUCAAAUGCAGAAAUUGAAUUUUCUACACAAAACAAUGAUAUUUUAGAAAUAGAUCACAAUGGUAUAUUUGAAGGAAAAUCAGUUGGACAAACAAAAAUUAUUGUUAGGGCAAUUGGUCUUAAUGCUAAGGGAAACAAAGUUAUUCAUUCUGAGGACCAUGCAGAUAUACACAUAUUGUAUCUUGAAGGAAUUAAAAUUGUUGUGCCAACAAGUAGAGUAAAAGUAGGUGCAACGUUUCCACUUUGGGCAUUUGGUAUUCCAGAACAUUUGACUCCUCUUAUUAUAGGUUCUAUGCAAUUACCGUUAAUUUUUAUGUGGUCAUCUAGUGAUUCUAGUUUGGUAACCUUGCAUAAUAUGUAUGAAAAUACUGGCAUUAACAUUAGAUAUCAAAAUGAAGUGUCUUUAAGAGCUAAAGCAAUUGGUGCUGGAUUAGCAACUAUUUAUCUAAACAUUACAAUGCCAUCUAAUAUGUUAGCUGGUUUUAAAAGUGAUGUAACAUACACUACAUUUGUAAAAAUUGAAAUUUUCGAGGAUCUACGUUUAAUGCAUUUGGGAUUACCAUUUAAGGCACCAGUGAUAUUAAUGUCCCCAAAUUCUGUUUUAAAAUUACAAACAAAUCGUGACAAACAUGGUUCAACUACUUAUAAAGUAUUAUCAACUGUACAUGGCAAUGAUUCAGUGGAUUCACAUGCUUUAACACCAGCAUCUAAAACUGUUACCAUUGAUAAAAAUGGCAUAAUAAAAGCUGGUGAACAUUUUGGAAAAAUAAUUAUUUCUAUUACAAAUACAGAAGCAUAUAAUUUGAAACAAUCACUAACUAUUAUUGUUGAAGUCAAACCAAUUCAUUAUAUGAUGUUAUCUUUGAAAUCAAUCUUACGAAUUCGAAAUGGAGAAGAAUUAAAUAUGUUACCUAAAGGUAUGGAAUUGGAUUACAUUCUUGAAUAUUAUGAUAAUGUUGGAACAAAGUUUCAUGCUGCUGAGAUUGAUGCUAAAACUAUUCUAAAUCGGGCCGAUCUCGCAUCAUUUGUUAAGAGUUCUGAAAAUGUAGUUACUGCAAAAUUUGUUGAAAAUGGAGAUCUUGUUGUAAAAGCAUACAAUGAAAGAUAUCCUAAUGCAAUAUUUGAUUAUGUACAUAUGAUGAUUGGUGAUAUAGUUUUUCCUACAAAGACUACCUUAACAGUGGGUGAUAUAGUCUGUUUUUCAAUGCCACUUCUAUCUCCUGAUGGUGAUCCUGGUUAUUGGCAAUCUUCUGCUCCUGAAGUAUUAACUGUAGAUCCUAUUACAGGAAUAGGUCGAGCAAAAAAUGUCGGUUAUGCAGUAGUAAAACAUAGUCUUGCAACUCAUAUGCAAGGUGAAAUAGAAGUUAAUAUACAAUCUAUUGCAAAGGUAUCAAUUGUUCCAUUAAGGGGCCGAAAUAUUACCGGAACUGAAACAUUUAGCGUUCCUCUCGUACUUAAAAGUAAAGAUGAACAAGUUAAAGAAAAUAAUGUUCUAUCUAGAGGAUUAGGUGGCUGUAGAACAUUCAGUUCAUUUACAUUAAAUUCAUUUCCUUAUACUUGUAAUAUACAAUUCGUUUCAUCGACCUCAUCUGUUGGAGUAAAAGAUUUGUUUCUUGUUAAACCGCGAUUUGAUAUUACAACUGGUUUCUAUUAUUGUGAUAUAAUUCCAAUGGGUUCACCAAAUAUAAUUUCUAGUACAUUAGAAAGCCGUAUUCAAAUAAGUGCUCAAAGUAAGGAUAUUGAGGCUAUACCUUUAGAAGUUACGUAUUUGCCUCCUGUUUAUGUUGAUGUCAAAGAGAUUGUUUUUAUCAAUACUCAUUCACAAACCAUACCAACUGCAACACUUGAGAUAUAUGGUUUGCAAUCUGUAUUAGAUCAUCUUACUAUUGAUGUACCAGAUGGUAUUACUGUAAGCGCUCGUCAAUACAUUUCAAAAUAUGCAAUGCAAUAUAAACUUCGUUUAAUGCAUAAUCAAGAAGAAAUCCAAGGUCAAAAAGUUAUUAUUGCAAAUGAUAUUACAAAACAAAAUAUAUCUCUCUUCGUACAUAUAACAAAAUAUGAAAAUUUUAUACCAUUGUCUGGAAUUCAUUGGGUAGACUAUAUAUAUUUCCAUCGUUAUACAUUUGGAACAUUUGCUGUUCUUGUAAUUACUUUCUUCUAUAUAUGGAAAAAUAAAAUAGCAAAUAUUGAUUUAAACAUAAAGAAUAGAUCCGUUUUCAAUGAUAAAUGUCCACCACAAUUAAAAAAGACUAGUAGUCCAUGUUCACCUACAUUAAAUAAUACAACUAUACGAAGUCCACAGGGUCCAAUUACUCCAAUAAGACCAUUUUUUGCAUUUGAUCCGGUUUAUGGUGAUCCUCGUGGUCUCCCUUCAACAAGUAAACGAAAUAGGUCAUUGAAUACUUAA